GCCAAUCGGCAGGCGCGGCGCGCCCUCCGCUUUCCCGCAGCCGGCGCUUGCCGCCUCGGUUCCCGCGACCCCAACGUCCCAGAGGCGGGGCCGCGGUUACCCGAGACCCGGCCUGGAGCCCGCCUCUGCGCGCCCAACACACAAGCCCCGGCUUGGCGGCGGCCGACCUUCGUGCCCCGGGCUCCCCGCGACGCGCCCCGGGCGGAGAAGCACGGGUACUGAGGAUUAGAAAUUGAAUAAAUCACUCACGAAAUAUAGAGCCUAUAUUUCCUCUAGAAAAAGUUCCAGAUGAAUACCAGGUUUUCCUCAAGCAAGAUGGUACCCUUUCAUUUUCCCCCGUCAAAAUUGGCCCUUUGGAACCCAAUGCCAAUUGGAGAUUUCGUCUACUUGCAUCUUGGUUACUAUAGAAAGCCAAAGCUUGUGGUAUCCGAAAAGGCCAUCCGACUUGCUUAUCGCCAUGCUAAGCAAAAUAAAAAAAAUGUGCCAUCCUUCUUACUUGGUUCUCUCACAGUGGAUGAAGAUGAAGAAGGUGUGACGUUGACAGUAGAUCGCUUUGAUCCUGGUCGAGAAGCACCUGAAUGCUUGGAAAGAACUCCUACGGCUUCUCUUCCUGGAGAUUUUUUGAUCCCCUGCAAAGUUCAUACUCAAGGACUUUGUUCAAGAGAUCUGAUAGUUCAUAAUGCAGAUGACUUCAGUUCAGGUUUAAAGGCUUUACAAUACCAUGUCUGUAGCAAAGAAUUCUUGGACUGUGGAAAGCUGCUUUCCGUACGAGCUCAAAUCACCCCCAGGGAGAGUUUGGACGGUGUGGAUUUUGACUUGCAUUGGGCCGCAAUAACAAUAGCAAAUUCUUUCAAGUGUGUGCCUGUGAAGCCUAUCCCCAUUAUUCCUACAGCGCUAGCAAGAAACUUAAGUAGUAAUCUGAAUAUUUCUCAAGUUCAAGGAACUUAUAAACACGGAUAUAUUACCAUGGAUGAAACACGCAAAUUGUUACUUUUGUUGGAAUCUGAUCCCAAGGUUUAUUCUCUACCAUUAGUAGGAAUUUGGCUGUCUGGAAUUAUACAUAUCUAUAGCCCUCAGGUAUGGGCUUGCUGCCUGAGAUACAUGUUCAGCUCUCCCAUUCAGGAAAGGGUUUUUUCAGAAUCUGGAAAUUUCAUCGUGGUUCUUUAUUCAUUGACACAUAAGGAACCUGAAUUUUAUGAAUGCCUUCCCUGUGACAGUAGGACAUCUGACCUUCAUUUUCAGUUAUUGACCAACAAGGAAACUUUACGUGUUUUCAAUAAUGUUGAACCUUCUGACAAAAAUACAAUCCAUUUUGAACUCAGUGCUGAGAGUCAAGAUGCAGAAAUGGAGGCAGAGUUUUUUAGCAAGAUUUCCAAGACUCUUUCAGUUAAAAGGUCUUCCCAAAAAGUAUCUCCUGGGAAAAUACCAAUAAAUAAGCAUGAUGCUGACCUUGAAGAUGAAGAUUUUUCUCCAAGACCGAUUCCCAGCCCUCACCCAGUGAGUCAGAAGAUUUCUAAGAUUCAGCCAUCUGUUCCUGAACUUUCACUUGUGUUGGACAGCAACUUCACAGAGUCAAGCAAUCACUCUAACCCGUUGGAAGUGAUGAAUAUGGAGAAUUUUUUGUUGAUGAAGCCAUCGCAGCAUGAGCUUUGUGAUGACAAACACAGUUCAGAAGCUGACGCUGGGGAGCCUUCCCUGAAGGGAAUACCAAAUCAGUUAAGCCAGGACACUGCUUUGAGACAGUGUGGAGGGAGGCAACCAUCUUGUAAGAAAGAGAGCCCCCACCUCAGGAACACUAAUGCUCAACCAUCUUUCAGUGUACCAUCUCCUGAUGUAUCCGAGAAACCUCAAGCAGUUUCUGCUGGGAGCAUGCAGAAUGAAGACUAUCCUGUGAGACCUUCCACAUUGAAUUCUAGGCAGCCCUCUUUUGCUUCACACGCCCACCCACACAAUUUUGUUUUUUCACCCCAUACUUCAACAAGACCAAUGGAGCAUCAAGUACCUACACCUUUGCCGCCAUCUUACUAUUCCACAAACAUCUGUAGCUGUUGUCAGCAUCAUGGCCAUAUUCAGUAUAGUACAAUCAAUUCUUGGCAGGGAAAUACAGUAGGGUCCAUUCAGGACCUCCACUCUGAAGCCCUUCCAAAACAUGCAUUAUUUCACUCAAGUGGAUGUCCGUCUCUGUGUCAUAAAGCCAUCUUCUCUUCCAGUAGCCCUGUGGCCACGAAACCUCAGGGAGGCAUGGGCAGUUUUUCUCCCCACAGCAAUGAAGACCCAUCCCCUGUGGCAGGACCUUCACACAUGGACUCAUGUGUGCCACAGCCUUGUGCCAUGUGCAUGCACACACCCAGCACAGCUCCAGAUAAUGGCAUGAUGGGACUAUCUCCUGAUGCAUAUCGAUUUGUCACAGAGCAGGACAGACAGCUGAGGCUACUUCAGGCCCAGAUUCAGCGCUUAUUGGAAGCACAGUCUCUAGAUCCUGGCACCCCUAAGACGGUGGAAGGCACCGUGAAGGCCACAAAGCAAAUGGAGCUGGUUUCCAUGGGAGCACAGUCUUCGCCUGGCUUGCACAUGAAAAAAAGUGUAAGCAUUGCUGUGAGCACAGGUGCUAGUUUGUUUUGGAACACAGCAGGUGAAGAUCAAGAGCCAGACUCACAGCUGAAGCAAGAUGAUACCAAGAUUUCCAGCGAAGACAUGAACUUUUCUGUUGAUAUUAAUAAUGAAGCAACAAGUCCUCCAGAUAGCGCAUCCUCGUUGAAAGCAGUUGACAUUCCCAGUUUGGAAGAGAGCUGCCUUGCUGUGGAGGAGUCUAAUCCGCCAGAGUCUAACAGCUCUCCAGAGCAGAGCAAAGAACCUGAUGUGCCUGUGUUCUUCCCAAAUGCUUUGCUGGCUGAGAGUGUGAGCAUGUGCUUACAGACUGCACCAACAGAGGAAGCCAGAAACAGCACUGACUCACCCAGGGGACCAAAAGUUGAGCCUUCCUGGCCAUCAGAUAACCAGAAAAUUUGCCAGGACUUGUUGGGUCAAGUGAACCACCUACUGAAUAACUCCUCCCAAGAAACUAAUCAACCAGCUACCAAAGCCAUAGUUGUCAACCAUGAAUGCACCAAAACCCAGACCACUCACCAUGCAAGGAAAAAUAAACACAAUUCAGGACUGGUAGACAAAGAUUGUGUGCUCAGUGCAACUAUUAAACAGCUAAGGAGCCUCGGAGUGAAAAUUGAUUCUCCCACUAAAGUGAAGAAAAAUGCCCAGAAAGUGGAUCAUGCCAGUGUUUUGGCAUGCAUCAGCCCAGAAGCAGUGAUCUCUGGAUUAAACUACAUGUCGUUUGCUAAUGUCGGCAUGAGCGGCUUAAGCCCCACUGGUGUGGAUUUGAGCAUGGAGGCAAAUGCCAUAGCUCUAAAAUACUUAAAUGAAAAUCAGCUGUCACAACUGUCUCUUGCUCGAUCAAACCAAAAUAACUGUGACUCAUCUUUUGGCCUUCUACAUAUUAAUUCAGAUAAAAGCACGGUGGGGCUUAGCUUAGUUUCUCCAAGCAACAUGUCAUUUGCAACCAAAAAAUACAUGAAGAGAUAUGGACUCUUGCAAAGCAGUGACAACAGUGAGGAUGAAGAGGAGCCUCCCAUCCAGACAGGUAGUGAGAGUGACCAUGUGUUGGACAGAAACCCAGCAUGCAGACCUGCACAAUUUGGUCAUCAGAAAGAGCCUCGGAAUGCCAGUGAAGUAGCUCAGUGUUCUAACUAUGGCUCUGAGGACAAGCACAUAGACAUGCCAGUACUGAGAAAUAUCACAAACGAAGCUGUGCAGUCAAGAGCAACAGAGCACUUGAAUGAAGAUGCUGCUAUUUCAUUAAGGAAUCUUAAACCAAACCCUGCAGUGAACCUCCGAACUGGAAAAGCAGAGUUUACACGACAUCCUGAGAAGGAAAAUGAAACAGACGUUGCAGUUUUUCCGGGGACCUUGCAGCCUCGUGAGGCUUUAAAGCAAAUGAACAGCCUGAAUUCCGUGGGCACCUUCUUAGAUGUAAAGCGCCUCAGACAGUUACCAAAAUUAUUUUAACUCUUUACUCCUCCUUUGUGGUGUGAGGACAAGGUGUGUACUGAGGGCACUUAAGGAAGCCAGACCUUUGGGAAUUUUGUUUGUUUAUUUGUUUUUCCGAGAUUGGGUUUUUCUGUGUAUCCCUGGCUGGAAUUCAUUCGAUAGACCAGGGUAGCCUCGAACUCAAAGAGAUCCACCUGCCUCUGCUUUCCCAGUGCUAGGCAGGAUUAAAGGCGUGCACCAUCUCUGCUUGGCCAUGACCUUUGGGAUUUCUAAUAGCUGUAAGAGUCUUGUUUCCUGUAUAGUAACAGUCAGCAAGUGACCCAGUUGUGAGUUGGCUGGUUAGUGGGAAGGCUGGGUUUAUUCAGCAUCACUGAACCUAAAGCAGAAGCAAAACAAUCCUACGAUCAGGUACUGCAACCAAUCAAGUUCAUGUGUAUCCCCCAAACCCAGGAUGUUGCUUGUGCAAUGGGCUCUGUUAAUGAGUCCAGCGACUGAGCUGCACCCUCAACAGUAAGGUUUUGGGUCAGGGUCUCAGUAUGUAGCCUAGGCUGGCUUCAGACUUAGAAUCCUUCUGCCUUCCGCAUCUGGCUUAGGUAUGCACUUUACCCAGUGUCUGCUACAUAAUCAUAGUAAGUUUCUGAACCAAGCAAUUACAUUAGACACAAUACUGAAUAAAGUGGAGAACUUUUCAUUGCCUUGGUUGUUAUUUGGUGAGAAGAGGCAGUGCUGGGGUUUGAACCCAGGACCACACACCUGAACUUUAUACCAUAGUCCAUGAGGUGUUAAUGUAUACAUUGAUUUGCAUUUUCGUGUAUAGAUGCAUGAAAUUAUAUCACACAGCUUCCACUAACCUAAGACACGUCCUCCCUCUAAACUUACCCUGAUAGCCCAUGGUCUUUUUACCAUCACCAAAAUGUUUUUAUCAUUUUAAAAAUGUUUCAUGAACAGAAAUGUACUUUUAAAAAAUUUAGCAUUAUAUCUUUUUCAAUUUACUGUCUUCGAAUAAUGUCCUGAGAUCUACCCAGAUGUUGCGUGUGUCAGUAAUUCUUUACUUAUUCUUUACUUCCGCUUCCCCCAAGUUGUUUCAAAUUGUCAUUUCUAAGGAAAAAAGGGGGGGGAUCCUCAUUCACUUGAAAGAUGAAGGUUCCUGUUUAGGUUAAAAUAUUUUAACCUUUGCCUUGCAUUAAAGUUUGGCUCAUAAAUUGAAAAAAAAAAACAGACUUCUGUUCUCUAAAUGUUUUUCCUUCUCUCUGAGAAGGUUUAUAUGUUUACCCCUGACUGUCCUGGCACUCUGUAGACCAGGCUGGCCUCAGACUCAGAGAUCCACCUGCCUCUGCCUCCCAGGUACUUGGGAUUAAAAGCGUGCACUGCUGCCACCGUGGCUCCCCAAGACAGUUACUAAUAGAGAACUAUGUUGUUGUUAUCAAGGCUAGGAGCCAGAGACCAGUUGGCACUCCUCUUCUUACACUGCUUCAGUCAUAAUCAAGACAUAAGUAAUGAUGGUAUUUCCCUGUGUUUCUACUUGGAAUUUCCAGUAAGAGUAGAACUGUCAAUGCCACUUAGACAUAUGCUCUUUUUAAAUUGAGCCCUCUGAGUUUCACCCAGAAAGUGAAUAUGGCUGCAAUAUUUGUGCAGUGUUGCAAUAAUAGUGCAGUAUUUGUAUUGCACUAUUGAAAACAGAAUAUUAAGCCAGGUGUGGUGGCACACGCCUUUAAUCCUAGCUCUUGGGAGGCAAAGGCACGGGGGUCUCUAGGUUCUAAAGCAAUGUAAUCUACAUAGCAAGUGCCAGGACAGCCAAAACUACAAAGAGAGACUUCGUCUCAAAACAAAAGAGAAAAAAGGUUAAUGGAUUAACCAACAGCCUCAGCAACUGUCUUACUUUUGCUAUGAAUUCUCUAACUUUUAUGUGAAACAAGCUGUUUUUCUAGACAAUACAAAGAACCUGAGGAAGAAAUUAAUUUACCAUAUUUGAUUGAAUGCUCCUGAUAAAAUGUUUAUUCAAAAAUGAGUUUAGAGCACAGAUUAAUUCAACAAAACAUUUCUUUCAAUUUAGUGCUUGUUAAGAAGCCUACUCUAGAAAGUUCUCUAAAGAAGCACUUUACUGUGGGAAGUAGGUGCCCUCGGUGGCUUUGGCAGAGGUGUCAGUAAGGGGAAUUGGGCUAGAAGACUUGAGCUGCUCACCCCUGGAGUGGCAUUUCUUAGGAUCUCUGUCUCCUAGUCUCUUGCUGUUCAUAAGAUCAUGGGUGCUGUUUUAAUUGGAAUACAAAAAUGAUGGAAUUUAUAUUAUCCAGCUUCUGCAGAAUAAACUCAUUGGUCUGGG